AUGGUCCAACCAGCGGCGAGGACGGCUGCCGCAGUCGUCGUCACACUUCUCGGCUUGCGGGCAAGCACGGUGGCAUCCCAGCCGUGCUCGCCGAACCUAUGCAGCGGGCACGGUUCAUGUGAGUCCUCGAAAGACGGCUCCACCUCCGCACGACAGUGCAGCUGCAACACAGGGUGGACGGGGGCGGACUGCAGCCUCAUGCUAUGCCCGCUUGGCCCGGCCUGGUCUGACAAAGCGAAGGGGACGGACGAUGCCCACGCUCCGGCGGAGUGCUCCAACAGGGGGUACUGCGACCGCUUGGAAGGCGUUUGCGUGUGCGACACCGGCUUCGAAGGACAAGCUUGCGGGCGGAGAACGUGCCCCAAGAACUGCAUGAACCACGGGCGCUGUCAAAGCAUGGCGUACUUCGCUUCCGUGCAGGACCCUGGGGAAGGAACGGUGCACGCGUACGACGGAGACGUUUGGGACGCGGAGAUGAUGUACGGGUGCAACUGCGACGCGGGGUACUCUGGCCCGAUGUGCAGCCUUCGCAGCUGUUCCGUCGGGGAUGAUCCGCUGACAGGGACAGAUGAGGACCCCGACGGCGAGCAAUACAACGAGCAGCAAGAACUGACUUGCGCGGCGACGGGGGGUUCCUUCACUCUGAUCUUUCGCGGCUUCACCACGGCCGCCAUUGCGUAUUCGGCCUCCUCCGAGGACGUCGUCGAUGCCCUGCAGGACCUCCCCAGCCUCUACGGGUCCUACGACACCGCCGUCAGUGUCCAGUUCUCGUCGUCCGACACACAGGCGUGCACGUCCGCCGGGCACUCGUGGACCAUCGAGUUCCUCCAGGACUUCGGGGACCUGCCGCUCCUGGUUGCCGGUGUGUCGAAGCUGACCCACUCCACGUCGGGGAUAUCGGCGAGCGUUACCGUGGAGGAAGCCAUCACUGGCACCAAGGAGUCUGUAGACUGCUCCGGGCGGGGCUUGUGCGACACCGACGACCGGGUGUGCACUUGCGAGCCGGAGUACGACACCAGCAACGGCUACAACGAAGAGGGUCGCCGGGGGGACUGCGGCUACGUCAUCACGGCCGUGACCCACUGCCCGGGAGAAAUCUCCUGCUCGGGCCACGGCGUGUGCUCGGGCUCGCCGACCUACGCGUGCGACUGCAGCGACGGGUGGGAGGGCGCCGACUGCUCCCUCAAGACGUGCCCCUUCGGCAAGUCUUGGUUCAUGCGACCGACGGCCGACAACGUGGCCCACCUCACACGCACGGAGUGCUCCGACAUGGGGACCUGCGACCGAGUCUCCGGGGAGUGCGCCUGCGUCGAUGGGUUCGAGGGAUCCGCGUGCGACCGGAUGUCCUGCCCGGGGGCGGCGGCGGCGUCUUCGGUGGAGGGCGAAGCCGGCGGCGGGACUUACGACGAUUCGGACACGGCGUGUAACGGCCACGGACAGUGCGUGACGAUGGCCAUGCUCGCCGAGGCCACCGACGAGAACGGCGUCGCGACGGACUACACCUACGGAGGCACGCCCAACGACCCCUUGACGUGGGAUCACGACAUGGUGCAGGGCUGCCUCUGCGACGAUGGUUACGAGGGGCACGACUGCUCGUUGAGGACCUGCCCGUACGGAGAUGACCCUGACACCCACUCACAGGACAACGAAAUCCAGGAAGUGGAGUGCUUCGAUGCGGACGAUGACGGGCAGGUGGUGUUCAUGUUCCGGCAGGCGGAAACUUCGGCUCUUGAGGUGUCCGCUACAGAGGCGGAGGUCGAGGCAGCGUUCGAGGCCUUGUCCACCCUCACAGACGUCGCGGUCUCCUGCGAUAACGGCGCCCUUUGCAACAGCACGGUCGCUUCUACGUGCACCAUCGAGUUCUUGACAGAGCUGGGCGAUGUCCCUCUCGUCUCCGCUUCCGUCUCCAACAUCGAUUCCAUCGCCGUUUCGGAGUUUCAAACGGGGACGAAAGAGUGGACGGAGUGCAGCUUCAAGGGCCUGUGCGACUACAGCACGGGGACGUGCGAAUGCUUCCCCGGGUACGGCAGUAGCGACGGGCAGAACAACAAGGGGUCGCUCGGCGACUGCGGACACGUGCUGCCGUUUAGUGGAGGUCUCUUCGAGACGGGGGUGUACGCUCCGGUUAGCCGGUACCCCACGAUAACCAACUUGAGGAGCGGGAACACGGCGGGGACCUUCGACACGGCCGAUAGGACAACGGACGAGCUGGCAGCGCGCCUGGCGGAGCUCAAGAACAUGCAGGAAGAAGACCCUUGGGCCGACUAA